GAAGAAGAAGAAGAAGAAGAAGAAGAAGAAGUGACGUAGCCCCUCUCUGCUGCUGCUAUUGGCUGGUUAGAGUUAGUUAGGGCUGCUGUCAUUGGCUACUGCUGUGCUCUUCGUCCAGCUGAAGCAGGGAGUCUCCUCUCCGACUCCUCGGUGAUCAUAAAUAACUCAACAUCCCGAAGAGAAACGACGUUUCAAAGUUCACCGAGCUGGAUUUCACUGCUGAUCCCAUUAUACCACCGAAGAAGAACAGGAGGACUGCUGAUCCUAUUAACACAGCUGAAGAAGAACAGGAGGACUGCUGAUCCUAUUAUACCACCGAAGAAGAACAGGACUGCUGAUCCUAUUAUACCACCGAAGAAGAACAGGAGGACUGCUGAUCCUAUUAACACCACUGAAGAAGAACAGGAGGACUGCUGAUCCUAUUAUACCACCGAAGAAGAACAGGAGGACUGCUGAGCCCAUUAACACCACCGAAGAAGAACAGGAGGACUGCUGAUCCUAUUGACACCACCGAAGAAGAACAGGAGGAGACAGACAGACAGGCAGGCAGGCCUGCAGGUCCAGAUGGGGAACAGUGCUUUAAAGUCUCACUUGGAAACAUCUCAGAAGACCGGAGUAUUCCAGCUGACAGCGAAGGGACUCCAGGAGUUUCCAGAGGAGCUGCAGAGACUCACUGCAAACCUGCGGACCGUGGAUCUGUCGGGGAAUAAGAUCGAGGUUGUCCCAGCGUCUGUUGGAAACUUCCUGCUGCUUAAGAGUCUCACGCUGAACUCCAACAGACUUACCAGCAUCCCCAGUGAGCUCUCUAAGCUGAAAAAGCUGGAGACUUUGAGCCUGAAUGGGAACCGGAUCCAGCAAAUUCCCUCCAGCCUGGGCCAGAUCAAAGCUCUGCGGACCCUCAGCCUUUCAGGAAACCAAAUCUCAGAAUUUCCCUCCGGACUUGGAAACCUGAGGCAUCUGGACCUUCUGGACUUGUCCCACAACAAGAUUCAGACCGUCCCCUCAGAGGUGUCAGAGCUGCAGGCCAUUGAGAUCAACUUCAACCAGAACCAGAUCUCUGUGCUGUCGGCAGAGGUCGCCCGAUGCCCCCGUCUGAAGGUCCUUCGUCUGGAGGAGAACUGUCUAGAGCUGUCUGCCAUCCCUGACUGCAUCCUGAAGGACUCCCAGGUGUCUUUAAUCACAGUGGAGGGAAACCUGUUUGAGGGGAAGAGUCUCAGAGACCUGGACGGCUAUGACAAGUACAUGGAGCGGUUCACGGCCACCAAGAAGAAGUUCUCCUGAAGACUCUCAUCAGCAGGUCAGAACUAUCAAAGCCCCCCCAGGAGACAGAGUCAGAAGAGAUCCCGCCCACCAACGCCGCUGUUUCUUCUUCUGAUGCUCAAAUGUAAAAUGUCCCUCAGCCAGGACCCGCCCCCAAAACAUGAACACCUAGACCUCCAGAUCCAGUGUGAUCCCCACACAACUUCAGACAGACAGACAGACAGACAGACAGACAGGCAGACAGACAGACAGACAGACAAACAGGUAGACAGACAGGCAGACAGACAGACAGACAGACAGACAGGCAGACAAACAG